UCUCUUUUCAACAGGUGUAUUGAAUCAGUUGUGUACUAUGGUGUCUCAUUUUCGUCUGUCUUACUUGGUGGUAAUAUAUAUCUAAGUUUCUUUAUCAUUAACUCAAUGGAGUUCCCAGCAACUUUUUUGACAAUUUGGACUAUUGAAAGGUAAUGUUACUCGCACCUUUUUGUUAUAUGGAGAUUAUCUACUUUGUGUGUGUUGUAUUUCCUGUUCUGUGUGAUAAGACAGCAAAAGUGUUUUAUUAGAAAGGCUACGCCAGUUCAAGAUACGCCAGUUCCAGUUUACUGCAUGCACAGGCUACUGUACACGUACUUAAGAAGUGCAAAUUAUUCCGGGGUAAAGAAAGGGUAUUAGUUCGCUUAAGUUUUAGUCCAAUAUCAUUUCUCCAGAUUUGGCAGAAAAUGGACAACAUUGGGUGGAAUGAUCUUGGCUUGUGCCGCAUCGAUCCUCGGCGUCGUGUUCAGAAUGCAUCAGGAUUAUGUUUAUGACGGUAAGCUUCAUAGGAAACCUGGAUCCACCCGUAGGGAUAGUCUAGAGUUAUAGAGUUAUGCUAUUGAUGUUUAGGUUUCCUCUUAGCCGUAAUAAGUGAACAAGGGAUGUGUUAAUUGUCCUUAUUUGCAAGGUGAACCGGUUAAGCUGAAUUAGCUGGACGUAUAUCAACCUAAUUGAGUCGAAUGCUUACUAAGGAUGCCACUGGCAUACAUGAACUUGCGGUUAGAGCUUCGACAAAUAGACUCUGUAGCUCGGUAUAGAGCGCUGCACCGAAAUCGCAGGGUCGCAGGUUUUAUUCCUACUAGAGGGUCUGCUUGCAUUUUUUGCAACUGCUGCUGGUUUGGUCUAAUAAAUGUAUAAAAUUUGCACUCAAAAUCUUCAUCUCUAAAACCCUUCAAUAAUUAUCUAUGUAAAUAAAUAAAAUUAAUUUAGUUUGUUAGUGCUUUUGGUCUUGAUGUAUUUAUGUGUUCUUACCAGGAUACUGGGUGAUGACAGUGAUUAUGGCAAUGCUUUCAAAGGGCUGCAUCACUCUUUCUUUCAGUGGUGUUUGGGUGUGGUCGAAUGAGCUCUUCCCAACUGUUGUGCGGUAAGUUUAACUCUAAUUACUCGUUACUUUUUGGAUAGUAAAUAGUUAAGUGAUUAUAAUUUCUUUCGUUUUGAAGCAACACUGGAAUGGGAACCACAAAUGGUCUGGCUAGAAUUGGAUCAUUUAUGUCAGGAUACAUUAUUUGGUUGGUGAGUAUGAUUUUGACUGUUUCGUAGGGGAAUGUCCCUUUGUGGAUUUCUGGAGAGAGAAGUCUAGAACUGAUAGAAUUAUCCAGUAUAAAUCAAAUUAGUGCAGUCUUAGUUAUAUGUAAUCUAUUUCUCCUUUUAUCUCUUCUUUAUAGACUCGAAUUCAUCCGCUCAUUCCGUAUGCUAUCUUUGCGACCUUGGCGUUUUUGGCAAGUUGCGCAUGCUUGCUGCUCCCAGAAACCACUGGCCGGCCAACACAAGAAGUCAUAUCGGAGGCUCAAGCUCCCGUUCAACAACUUGAGCUAAGUGAUACUACCGACAAGUCCGUUGUUGUCAGAAACAAAAAUCUAGUUUAAAUGCAAUGUAGGCGAGCAAUUUUGUCCUUGUCAUUCAAGAUUUCCGUGACAUUUUUUGACAGGUUUUCCUGAAAGAGAACUUGCUCGUCUAUACGUCUGUUCUAAAUUUUAGUGCCAAAAUAUAUUCAUGAUCAUGAAAUAAUCUAAUUUUUACUAUACUGGGAAC